CAGCAGGGGGCGGGGCGGCUCAGAUGGAUCAGCUGAUGCAGCUCUGAGGUUGUGGUAGACUGGAUCUUAACUCCCGGACCUCAGCAGCCCCUCAGUUCUCCCUGCAGGCUGCACCCGGACUGAGCCGGACCGGACCGGAGGAGAGACCGAAGCCCAGAGCCAAGCUGGGGGAGGACCAGCAGGCGAUGCAGCAGCCGGAGCUGAAGAAGAGCAGCGGACGGACUGUGAAAAGGUAGAAGAACCGGAGGAGGUCUGGACCCGGAGUGGCUCUCUGCCGCCCGGACCAUGUGAGACCCAGACCACGUCCUGAGAGAUGCCGGGCCGGAGGUUCUGGCUGCAGGAGCUGAAGGAGCGGAGGAAGCCCGGACUGUCCCGGAGCGGCGGGGGGCGGCGGGCCACGGGGAGAGGCGGGUCCCGGGGCCAUUGUGCACCGAACGGACCGGUGCUGAGACCCGUCAACGUGAAGGGGAACCGGGCCCGGGGCAUGCGGGCCCAGAACACCAACCAGUUCCUGAUGCACGAGAAGUACCAGAUGAUGCACCUCCGGUCCGACUCGGUAGGGGGCGACAGCUGCAGCUCCGACAGCGACCCAGACCUCACCGACAUGGACUCAUACCUGGGGGUCCUGGAGAAUGCCAGAGGAGCUCUGCUGGACAGUCCGAACCCGCACGGGUCCAGCACCCCAGGACCCUUCCUGGUUCUGCAGGAGGGUCUGGUUCUGGACCAGGAGGGUCUGGUUCUGGACCAGGAGGAGCUGGUUCUGGACCAGGUUCUGCAGGAGGAUAGCCUGCAGUACUUCCCCUCUGAGGACGACCUGCUGCAGAGCCAGAACUUCAUGCAGAAGGACUUUGUGGACUUCUGUGACGUUCUGACGCCCUGAAGGAGACUUUAGGAGACAUUUUGUUCUCAGCAGGUCUGUGGACCAGAACCAGGUCCAGGAGCCUUCAAAGACCACAUUCCCAGAAGGAGGUUCUUUAGCAGAAUCAAACUUUUUCAAGCUUUGUGUUUUUUGUGUGACAUUUCUGCAUUUUUUAUGAGAUUGUAAAGAACAAUGCUUUAAGGUUUAACUCACAGGAUGUACUGGGCUGUGUGUGUGUGUGUGUGUGGUGUGCCCAUGUUUUUGCUAUAUUGUGGGGACCAAAUGUCCCACAACUGUAGGAAAACCGAAAACUAUGUCACUUGUGGGACCUCAUUUCGGUCCCCACAAGUUUAAACAGUGUUUUCUUGGCCAUGUUGUUGUUACUGAAAAAAGUAAAAGUGCAAAAAUGUUUCUUUAGGGUUAGCCAUUGUUUUGGUCUGGGUUAAGGUUAGGUUUAGGGUUAGGGUUGGGUUAGGGUUAGGGUUAGGGGUUAGAUAUGAAUGGGAGUCAAUGGUAAGUCCCACUAGGAUAGGAGCCCAACUUGUGUGUGUGUGUGUGUUGGGAAACAAAACGACAAUAAAAGUCAGACAAAAACAACAAAAACAAGAUAAAAUAUGACAAAAAUGAGACAAACGACACGAAACAAAACAAAAAAGAGACAGAAAUUUGACAAAAAGUUGCAAAAUGACAAAAACAAGAGAGAAAACUACACAAAUGAGUCCUAAAGCAAG